GGAGCUGCUGCUGGAGGCGGGGGCGGCGGUAUCGACGGAGGGUGAGGGCGGAGUAAGGGGGCGACGGGACGCACGCAGGCGCGGGCACACACGCACGCACGCAGGCUACAUAAAGUGGCGGGGCGGGGGGAGAGGGCUACAGAGCGGCACCUGGCACCCAGCGGCCGCGCCUCGCUCCCAGUGCCGCCCGGAGCCAGCCUGCUAUGAGGCAGCAGAGCCCACAGCGCCCGCCGCCGCCGCAGCUCCGCUUCGGGACGCCCUCCUGCCACGCGUGAUCCAGCAGGAGUCCCAGCAGGAGGAGGCGCAGCAUGUGGGGCGUGACGCCUUACUGCCGCGCGGGCGAGCAGGCGGAGCCGCGGCCAUGACCGCCGCCGCGGGGACGGAGUAUGGCAGCGGCCAGAUCGCCCGCCGCCCGCACCAUGUGGUACGCCCAUAACUACGCCCAGAGGAGGUCCCAGGCCAGGAACGCCGCCGCCAGGAACUCCCACCCGCAGGACUACAUGGCGGCCCCGGUGCCCUGCGACCCCUACCGCCCCUGCCAGGACCACCUCACCCUCGCUGAGCCUGACUACUCCGCCUCCCUCAAGGAGUACCUGGCCGAGUACGCCCGCAAUGCCCUGCACGCCCGCCAGCGCUCCGCCGACCAGGCCCGCCAACGUGCCGCGGACCAGACCCACGCCCACGCCCGGGCCUCCCACGAGUCAUCCAGCCAGGGCGGCACGUACGCCCACCCUCCCACUCACGCCCACGUCGCGGCGCCGAAGAAAAGCCAAGUUGCGGCGCGAGGUCGUGCCCACGGCGGGACGGACCGCCCGCACACCCGCGGUCCUGAGCAGGACGCGGGUUGCGGUGCCGCCCGGGCGUCACACACGUCGAGGAGGAGCCACGCCCACAGCAUUGACCAGAGCCACGCCCUCACCGCCGACCAAACCCUGGCCCACCUGGUGGAUCACGGCCGCGUCCUGGGCCCAGAGUCGCAACCCCGCGUGUAUCUCCCCGAGGCGGCGGGGCGCGGACGUGCCGCCGAGGUUGCCCUGAGCUGCGAGCACGGCCCGGGCCAGGCGGCGGGGCACAGCUACAGCGAGCAGGACCAGGUGCUGGUGGCGGGGCAGGGGCUGGCCUACCCCGGCGAGCAGCAGGGCCUCGCCCACCACCCCACCGCAGACCUGGCGGCGCUCUACCACUACGAGGACCCGCUGGCCCACCACCUCGAGUACGGCUUCCCUGAACAGGUGGCCCGAGUGCGGCCUUACGCCCGCGAACAAGCGCAGGUGCACACCCACGCCCAACAGCAGCAGCACUUGCAGCAUCAGCACCAGCAUCAGCAGCACCAGCUUCAUCAACAGCAGCAGCAGCAUCGUCAACAACAGCUGCAGCAACACCAUCAGCAGCAGCAGCAACAACAACAACAACAACAACAACAUCAGCAACAGCAGCAGCAGCAACAGCAGCAGCGGUCCUAUCGGGUGCGUCCUCACGCCCGCGACCUGUGUUCUUUUUAUCCCGAAUCAGCCCAGUCCAGUGACGAUGAUGAGAGCGUGCUGGAGGAUGACGUGCGGGUGGACUUGCCCUACACACACUUCAGGUGCCGCGGGCGCAGCGUGAUCCGUGGGCGGGAGGAGGUGAGCGGGCCGGCCCGCGCCGAGCACAUCAUCCGGCGGUUCCAUGAGUCCGGCGAGACGUGCGAGGAAGAGGUGGAGCCCAGUACCGUGGGCCUAUCCUACCAGCAGCGGGCAGACGUGUGCACCACGCGGGGCCACGCCGCUGCCGUCGCUACCUCCUCCGGCGGCCUGAGCGAGGAGCAUGAGGUGUCCAGGAGGCGGCGCGGCGGCCUGCUGCUGGCGGAGGGACUGGUGCGGGAGUGGGUACGGGCUGUGGGCGUGGUGGCAGCCUCGGGCACGCUGGUCACCCUGGUCGUGCUGGGCUUCGGGGUGUACAACAUGCUCAUCACCACCCUCUUCCUGUUGUUCGUCCUCACCACAGUGGCCCUGCUCAUCUUCCUGCUCAUGCGGCGUCCCCCCUGCUGUCCGUGCUGCCAGGACCCCUACGACACCUCGGCCUCCCCCGGCAGUACUGGAUCGCAGGCGGCCAACAUCACCUACCUGACGGAGACCCAUGGCAUCGUGGUCAAGAAGUGGAUGAAGGACUCACCGCCGCCCUACGAGUCCCCGCCGGAGUACAGCAGCCUGUCCCCGGAGCUCAUCAUGGACGCCAAGACGCUGCAGGACCUGGUCACCUCACCGCCGCCACCGCCCCCGCCGCCCCAGUCCAGCGCCCCCGCCUCCAGCAGCCCCCCUGCGGCAGGCGUGGUACUGGACAGGUCCUCGUCGCCGCUGUGCACCACGCCCCUUUUCAGCGCCUCCUUCUGCGACUCGCCUCGUAGUCUCACCCCGACUAUUCACCACGAAGGGAGAGGCGCCGCCGCCGCCGCCGCGUGCCUCUUCGACCGUUCAUCGUCACCCAUCUUCACCCACUACCAGUCACCUCCCGCCGGUGGUCUCUCUCACCCGUCAUCCUCGUCGUCAUCGUCGUCCACUACUUACGUUGCGUCGUCCGCGGUGGCGCCCUCUGUGUACGGGCAGGCGACGCCCUCCCCGCCCAGCUACGAGAGUCUGCAGCAGGUGUACUGUCACGACGCCGCACCCAGGAGGAAGGAGGACGCUCGGUAAAGGCGGCCAGUGUGCUGCGCCAACGUGAUUCAUAAUAAUAAUAAUAAUAAUAAUAAUAAUAAUAAUAAUAAUAAUAAUAAUAAUAAUAAUAACAACGACAUCAACAGCAAAGUGAUGGAAAAUAAAGAUAAUAGUGAGAAUAAAAGUGGCGGAGGAGAAAGACGCAAAACAAAUAUAUAUAUAUAUAUAUAAAAAAAAAGUGAGAGAAGAAAACAGACAAAAAAAAUAAAUCAUAAAAACACUUCAGCCAAUUUCACUGUUAAAGUGUUUUUUGCUUCAUGGAUUUUAUAUGUCAUGUGUUCAGUGUAGAUAACUCAACCUUAACCCCACCCCAUCUCCUCUUCCUCCCUCUCGCCCUGUAUCCUCGCCCUCGCCCCUCGCCCUUGCCUCAACGUUCCGGUGUUGUACCUCUGGAGUGACGCUAGGCUAACACACCCUCGUGCGUGGUGCAGCGCCGCGGUACAAUGGUGCGUGGAAAAAAUGCUGCCUCACCCUUCACCAUCUCGUCCUUCACUUCCUUCUCCUCCUCCUGCGCCACUUUCGUCUUCACUACCUAUUGGUUUUCUUCUACUUUGCCUCUUCUCUCAGUUCCUGCUGCUCUUGUCCUCUUUCGCAUUCCUCCUCCUCCUCCUCCUCCUCCUCCUCCUCCUCCUCCUCCUCCUGUCACAGCUAAAUUGAUGGAAGGGGAAGCAAGGUGAUGCAAGAGUUCCCUUUAGUUACCUCUUCAUACUCCCCUCUCCCAUCUCUUCCCCUCAUCUGCUCCCCUUCCUGCUCGCUUCCCCUCUUACCUUCCCUCACCUACUCCCCUCAUUUGCUCCCCUCCCCUCACCCACUUUCCUCCUCUUGCAUACUGCCUUCCCCUCCUCUCCCCUCCCCUGUUUUCCCCUCACCUGGUCCUCUCUUCCCUCAACUACUCCCCUCUUUUAACUGUGGAUGCCAAGGUGUUCCCGCAACCAUGCAGGAUAUGUGUGUGUGUGUGUGUGUGUGUGUGUGUGUGUGUGUGUGUGUGUGUGUGUGUGUGUGUGUGUGUGUGUGUGUGUAUUUCCCUCCUGCGUUCCAUUAGCUUAUCAUCUCUCGUUAUCUCCCCUCAUAUCUCUCUCUCUCUCUCUGCUUAUCUCCCUUCAUUCGUCAAUUUUCUCUCCCUUUUCCUAUCUUGUCCAUAAUAUCUACCCUCCUCCUCCUCCUCCUCCUCCUCCUCCUCCUCCUCCUCCUCCUCCUCCUCCUCCUCCUCAUCCACACCACCGCCGCCUCGUCGCUUCACCACCAGAGAUCUUCCGUCCAUAGUUGUGAUUCCUUACUAAGUUAACGAGACUUGCUGUGUUCCGCCGUCGCCUCCGCCGCCGCCGCCACCAUCCUGACGUGUUCUCCUCCUCCUCCUCCUCCUCCUCCUCCUCCUCCUCCUCCUCCUCCUCCUCCUUCUCCUCCUCCCCAGUAAUGCUUCCUAAACCUUUCCACUUUUGAUAUAAACUUAAGGUUGCUUCGCUGUGUGUGUGUGUGUGUGUGUGUGUGUGUGUGUGUGUGUGUGUGUGUGUGUGUGUGUGUGUGUGUGUGUGUGUGUGUGUGUAUGUAUGUAUAGCAUUUGCUUUAUCGUUCUUGCUGCUUCUCUCUCUCUCUCUCUCUCUCUCUCUCUCUCUCUCUCUCUCUCUCUCUCUCUCUCUCUCUCUCUCUCUCUCUCUCUCUCUCUCUCUCUCUCUCUCUGUAUAUUGUUCCUUUAUUUAUUAUGUUUAGAUCCAUACAUUUUUAUCUUAAUAUUACCUGUUUAUGUAAUUUGUCCUUUUUUCUUCUUGUUGACAUGAAUCAGUCAGUCGAUCAAUCAAUCAGUUAGUCAGUCAAGAAUGUGACUGUCAAAUACUGAGUGGAAAUUACAGACUGGCAAGAUUAUUAUUAUUAUUAUUAUUAUUAUUAUUAUUAUUAUUAUUAUUAUUAUUAUUAUUGUUAUCAUGUGUGUGUGUGUGUGUGUGUGUGUGUGUGUGUGUGUGUGUGUGUGUGUGUGUGUGUGUGUGUGUGUGUGUGUGUGUGUGUACAUCAAACUCACAAUUUGCUCACUUCUAAUAUAUGAUAAUAAUAAUUGUCACAUUUUGAUCGUAAUUUUCCUUUUUCUUCUUUUUUUAAUUUUCAUUCACUCAUUUAAAUCUGAUCAGCCUUAUACUUCUUCCCUCAUUUAUCAUAAUUUCAUACUUUCUUGUAUGUUCUUUUCUUUCUUCACAUCGCUUUUCUCUCUCUCUCUCUCUCUCUCUCUCUCUCUCUCUCUCUCUCUCUCUCUCUCUCUCUCUCUCUCUCUCUCUCUCUCUCUCUCUCUCUCUCUCUCUCUCUCUCUCUCUCUCUCUCUCUCUCUCUCUCUCUCUCUCUCUCUCUCUCUCUCUCUCUCUCUCUCUCUCUCAUUAACAAGUGUAAUUGUUAUAUUUGUAAUUGUUAUAUUUCUCGUUUUUGCUUUGUUUUUUUUUUCUUUUCUUUCCUAUCUUUAUCAUCUUCCUUCCAUUUCCUAUCACGAUGUAUCACGUUUCACUAUCACCAUCACUAUCACUUUUAUCAUCAUUACUUUAUUAUUCACUUAUACCUUAACAAUCCUUAUAACAUUUUGUAUAUAUAUAUGUAUAUCAGUAUAAUAUAUGACUUCUUUCUUAACUGAGGUUGUGUAAGAACGAUGAAGAGCAUUAUUGUUAUUAUUAUUAUUAUUAUUAUUAUUAUUAUUAUUAUUAUUAUUAUUAUUAUUAUUAUUAUUAUUAUUAUCAUCAUCAUUAUUAUUAUUAUUACUAAUAUUUUUUUCUGUUUGUUUUUAGUCAUAUUAGCUUAUUGUUGAGUUUACAAUAAGAUCAACAUUUUGUGUGUUUUGUCUUUGCUUCACGCUGCUGCGUGCAUAAUUCUGUACCUGUGUCUACCUGUGUUUUAUUAGUUUACUCUAUAAUGGCUUGUAUUCCCCACGUUCAUAUUAACUAAGUUCAAUAGAGAUGUAAAAUUUCAAGUAACUAUCACCAUUAUUAUUAUUACUAAUAUUAUUAUUAUUAUAACCCUCCUUUAAGUCGAUAUAAAGAAGCGCAAGGAGUGUAUAAUACGUGAGACUGUUUGUAUAGCUUGGUUUAUCUAGUCAAGAAGGGAAGAUGAAGAUAUAGAUUAUGAUCUGGAAAGUGUACGAGAGUCUGGGGUGGGGAAGCGUACGACGUACCGCAGGCAGGGAUGUAAACAUAAAUAAACCCACGUGGAGCCAAGCGUCUGAGAAAAGAGGGAUAAUAGUGGUAUUGGGGAGAAAGUUGCAUCAUCGUACUUUGGCAACCUACCCGUCUGAAGUUAUGUAUGUAUUACACUUUACUAGGAAUAUUCAUCACUACCAACAUAUACAUGCACCAUUUAGUAUUAUUUGAAACGCAAAACUGAUUGUAUUUAAAGGUAUUCGCUAUUUCGAAUCAUCAGGCCUUAAAACAGAUGAUGUUGAUACCUACAGACAGCAUUUAUUAUUAUUAUUAGAAACUUAAAGUUGGUUGUAUUUACUGGUAUUCGCCAUUGCUGCUUGUGUAUAUUGUUAGAUAUCCUGAGGGGUACUAAAUUAAACUCAUGUCUCAUACGCUGAAAUUAUUUGAAGGAUUAUUUAUUUAUUUAUUUAUUUAUUUAUUUAUUUAACUGCUACUCCGAAUAAGGAUUAAGCUGAGAAAUAGUACCGCAUGCACAGGUUGAGACGCAUUGUUGACGCGGUGGCUGCCAGAGUACGAUGACAACCUUCAGUCCCCUUGGCCGCGUGUAGCACGAAUACUGUUGAUACCGUCUAUAUUUUUUCUACGUAGGCGAGCCGUGGUGCACCUAGAGUGUCAACUGGAGUGUGGCGCAUUGCUCAAUAACAGACUUGGCCGCACACUGCAGUUGGGUGAGGUGGCGGAGCUCUGUAAGUAGAACACUGUAGUAGGUCUGUAGGUAAUGAGCAGUGCAAGUGUUAACCUGUUCUUGUCCCCCGCCACUUGCCACUUUGUGUAGGUGGCAAAUGAAGGGGGAAAUGGACGAGUGUGGUUAUGGAAGCACUGUCUGGUCUGUGGCUGGUGUGUGUGUGUGUGUGUGUGUGUGUGUGUGUGUGUGUGUGUGUGUACGAGUGUUGAUAGUAUUUCGGUAAACUGCAUCCGAGGUUUUCAAGUGACUAGCGAGUUAGGAGAGGGUAGAUGUUCGUUAGGUUAAUUUGGAAUGUCCUUAGACAAUUUGCCGUUACCAGAUUGUUACACUACAUUAUUAUUUAUUUCAUGCUGGAGGGGGUAAAAGGCCAACUGAAGAUGUCAGUCUGACCAAAAGAGCAUCACUCAAAGAAAAAAAUAAAUAAAUAAAUAAAUAAAUGAAACGUCGUGAUGCCUCUCUUGAAAGAGUUCCAUUCACAGGCAUUAGGAAAUACAAAAUUCGGUAUAGUUCCAGAAUUUAUCAAUGGUUAAGACAUUGCUACACGUUAGGAGACCUUACGUGGCUGUUUCCUCAACCUAUACCAUUCAAAAAUAAAAAUAAUUAUAUAUAUAUAUAUAUAUAUAUAUAUAUAUAUAUAUAUAUAUAUAUAUAUAUAUAUAUAUAUAUAUAUAUAUAUAUAUAUAUAUGAAAUAAAUAAAAAAAUAACAUUCCCAAGACUCAAAUAUCAAAAUUUUCAAAAAUCUCUUAAGUCUUUCAGUAAUAACACUCCUUGAAAAUUGCUAGAUGUGGUUUACCGAAAAUAAAUUAAAAGCUGUAUUCCAGACGUGUGUAUGUUUUGUAUGUUACCAAAAAUUAUGUUCUCACUGGCAUAAGGCGUCCUCGUGUGAUGGUGGUGGUCGCGAGCGUUGAGACGAGUCGCUACUGUAUGUUAAUAAUUCACUCCCAGGCUUCCUUUAUCAUUGUGAGCAAGCCAUAGUUCAUAAUUCUGUCGUUUUUAAGUGUGUGUGUGUGUGUGUGUGUGUGUGUGUGUGUGUGUGUGUGUGUGUGUGUGUGUGUGUGUGUGUGUGUGUGUGAAGGUACCAUCGUCAUUUUUAUAAUUUUUCCCUCCAAAAAUACGUAUUAUUAUUGUACGAAUCAUAAAAGAGAAAGAGAAAAAAAUUAAAACUCUCCCUCUCUAAAGAUUUCAAUGUGUAAUCUUCGUCCUCGGUACUGCUGUGCUUCUGAAUCCUGCGCACGAACGAAGUUCUAAAGGGGGUUUCCACGUGCGUCACUCAGCUACUCAGUCAUCUCAUGAAUAGAAUAGCGUAACCUUUAGAUCAGUGACGAGGAUUCCUUGUGUGUGUGUGUGUGUGUGUGUGUGUGUGUGUGUGUGUGUGUGUGUGUGUUUCAAGCUUCAAGGAAAUACAUCUGUAGGUAAAAAAAAAGAUUACACAUUUCAACGCUUCCUCAUUUCAUUCUCAACGUCAGCCUUUCACGCCUCGCCGCCGCCCUACCUACCGCCCUUUUCCCUCCCUGCCCGCCCGCCCCCCUGUCCCAGCCAUUACCCAUAACACGCCCACCCACACACACGCCCAAUUUUGCAGUUGGAUAAUUUUACUUACUGGUUGUUGUGUCAUUUUACCUUUCCAUAGAUGAUCGUGUCUCUGUGUUCGUAGGCAAAGUUUUUUCAUCGUAUUCAUUAUGGCCGGAAUGGCGCUUGCACUCUUAAACCAUAAGACGGAGUAAUAAAAAAGGCUAAAACUACACUAAAAAAAAUAAAUCAAUGUUUAGAUUAUAAAAUUAGGUAAGGGAAGACUUAAAAAAAAAAAAAAGGCAAAAUUAUAAGUACAGGUGGUGUAAUUUUUUUUCUCUCCCUACAUCUCAUCUGACACUCGUUCACGUGUUCAGCAGUGCGCUUUUUGAAGACUUUUUCUCUCUGGGCUCUUUAUAAUGAUAAACAUACUACAUAUGACUACUACAAGCUUUCCAAGGUGUUUGUUUCUUACAUGUGCUGUAGCAAGUGUGUAGAGUUUGUAUUGAUAUUUUAUAUAUGUUUAAUAAAAAAAAUAGACCA